AUCUCCCCACCCCUCCAGCUUUUCUUGAUCUGAAGUGAGGUAGGUAUAUAUAGAAAAAUGGGGAGGUCAGCAUGCUGUGAGAAGGUGGGGUUGAAGAAAGGGCCAUGGACUCGUGAGGAAGAUGAGAAGCUAUUAGCUUAUAUACAGCAACAUGGGCAUGGAAGCUGGAGAGCUCUCCCUCCUAAAGCUGGGCUGAAGAGAUGUGGGAAAAGCUGCAGAUUAAGGUGGACAAAUUAUUUGAGGCCAGACAUUAAGAGAGGGAAGUUCAGCUUACAAGAAGAGCAGACCAUCAUUCAGCUUCAUGCCCUUCUUGGUAACAGAUGGUCCACUAUAGCAAGUUAUUUGUCAAAUAGAACGGACAAUGAAAUAAAAAACUAUUGGAACACGCAUUUAAAAAAAAAAAUAAUUAAGAUGGGACUCGACCCCAUAACUCAUAAGCCUAGGAACCACGCUCCGGGGUGCGGCCAAACGAAGGACAUUGCCAACCUUAGCCACAUGGCACAGUGGGAGAGUGCCCGACUUGAAGCCGAAGCUAGAAUUGUCCGUGAGUCCAAGCUCGUUUCCAAUGUUUACCGCUACACCAUCGCUCCUCCACCACCACCACAACCAUCAUCGGUGGUGCCACCUCCACCGUCGAGGCCAACGUGUCUAGACGUACUAAAAGUAUGGCAAGGGGUAUGGGGAACUCCAAGAAAAGACGCUACCAUAGCGAACUUUAACGGUUUGCCACCGUGUCUAGACGUACUAAAAGUAUGGCAAGGGAUAUGGGGAACUCCAAGAAAAGACGUUACCAUAGCGAACUUUAACGGUUUUCCCACCUCCAACACAGCCAUCACAUCUCCGACAUCGAUAUUGAAAUUCUCGGACAGCAUGGCCACCACAUCCAAAAAUGGAGUUACCCAUGAACCCUCAUUUGCAUCAUCAGACAUCAUAAAUUACGUUGAAAGCCCUGGUGCAUGUGUAGUUGGGAGGAAUAUUACUAGUGACAACAAUCAAGACGGAUAUCAUGUCAAGGGCAUAAUGAAGAAUUCUCCGCCGCAGAUUCAUGACAUGAUUGCUGAUUGGUUGAGGUAUCCAAGCUUCUUGGAGGGCUUCUCAGAUCUGCCACCUGGCAGUGCCACAGCACCUGUUGAUAAUGGUUUGUCUGAAGAAGAUAACAAGAUUAGUUAUUGGAGUAACAUUCUAACUGCGCUGGACUCGCCAAUGGAUUCGCCAGUGUUCUAAUUAAUAAUCUUGGUCUACUUUUAAUUAAUCUAAUAAACUACUAAUUAUAUGCAUGAUAUGUGCUUGUCUGAUAAUGCAUUGGGAUUGUCCCAAAACACAUCGAGUAUUGCUAGGGUGUUUCUUAUUGUAUCAAAUUAAAGCGUAAACCUAUUAAUUAGUUAUAAUUACGUAUUAGGACAUCUAGUAUUAAUGUUUCGUGGUGUUCUUAAUAAACUCGUACACUUCAUUUUU